AAAUUGCCCCUUUUAUCCCUCUCAAAACUUUGAUCAUGAAAUCCUACAAAAGAAUAUCAAAGAAUACUUGUGUCAGAUUGUACCAUAUUGGGGUACAUAAGAGAAAAAAUGGGAAAUUUUAUGCUGAAAUUAAACACCCAUUGAACAAGAAAAUGAUUUGGUUGGGUACUUUGGUUACGGCUGAAGAUGCUUUGAAAAAUUACGAGUCUAAGAAGCUUGAAUUCGAAGAAUUAGUGAUGGCUAAAAGUGCAAAAAAUGGCCAGAUUUCAGAAAAAUCUGAUCAAGAAUCUUAUGUUACUGAUGAGUUUGAAUAA